AUGUCUGUGAAAACGAACAUAUCAGAGAAAGAAUACACUUCGAUUGAACAUCCUGGGCUGAUAAAAAAUGAGUCGACGUUUUACGAAACCUUAGGUGGGGUUCCUGAAAUACAAAAGGCUGUUUCAACAUCAUUUCGCAACCCCAAACAUGCACUAUUGGAGCUGAAACUGCGACCGCAAGAUCAUUAUCAUCACCCAGUACAAGCAAAACUGAGACAGAGAAACGAUAUAUUGGUUCGAGUCAAGAAGAACGGGGAAAUCAAUAGCGCCGGUAGAAUUCGUCAUGCUUUUGUUUUUCGAGACAUGGCUGACUUUCAAUACAGCACGGAAAAUUCCCCAUUUACAAAAAAGUUAGAUGCUUCUUUGCGCACAUUGGACUUUGAUGCAAUUAGCAAAUUCAAUAUAGACUUAUCACCAGUGCAACGUGAUAAUUUAGACAUGCCACCUCCCCCUCUUUUCUCACAGGUACCUCUUCCAACAUUCUAUAAUUAUCAGCAAAAUCCUCUUGUAGGACGCGUGCGUUUGCCCGAUGGUUCAACAACAAUAAUGAAUCUCAAAGGACAAUGUCGUGUAUGGAUCAUCACAGCCAAUAUGAAUGUUGAUCACGUCCCUACUUUAAAGCAUCAGAAGCUUUCGGAAUCCCCAAGCAAAACUGUUCAGGAAGUUAUUGAUGCAAUAAAACCCUUGUUUCACGAUCGUCCUAUAUGGACGCGUCGAGCUCUGCUAAAUCACAUUGAUCCUUCCUAUCUGCAUUAUCUAAAGUUUGCGUUGCCUUACAUCUCCUAUUUAUGGUCCUCAGGUCCAUUCCGCGAUACAUAUACCAUUUUUGGCUACGACCCUAGAAAGGACCCUAAAGCAGCCGCAUACCAAGCCCUCUUCUUCAAAUUAAGAUUGAACAAAAACCAGAAAGGACACAAAAACCAUAUUUUUGAUGGUAAAACACCCUAUCCCUUGAACCGUAUUUACCAAAUAUGUGAUAUAACCGAUUCACAGAUUUCCUCUUUACUAAAGGAUUCUCCUUUACGGUCUGAAUGUCACCGCGAGACAGGCUGGUACAGAAGUGGUAGAUUCUACAAAAUUAGGGACUUGAUGCGUGAAAAACUGUACGCUUUGAUUGAAGGCAGACGACCUUCAGCUGUUACCCUCGAUGCUCUAAUGAACGCUGAAGAAGUGGAUGUUUCUGACAAAGAAACGAAUGAAGAGGAUAAAGCUACCUCAGCGAAAGACAUUACAUUGGAACCUGAGGACUACACGUCUUCUGAUGCCCGGGUAAAUGAACUCAUGAAGAACUUGAUGGAAAGAAGCCAGGAACAUGAAGGCUUUGAUGAGUUAUACGAUUUUGACGAAGAUUAUGAGGAUAUAUUUGGCGAGUAA